UUGUGUCUCAUCUCCAUCCAAAAUGGCAUCUUCUGGGUUUUGUUCACUCGGUCCAACUGUCACCUCCUUAUUCUCGUCACACGCGCUUGCACGGUGGCGUUCGAGUUCUAUGUCUCCUCCUCCGCUGCGUAUUUCCCGCGCUUUAUCAGCUGCAACCACUGUUCCGAUAAGCUCCUCCUUCACUUGGGACGACGUAAUCGAGACCGGUCGGGAGGAGUAUACGCCUCAAAACUCCUCCGAUCUCACCGGAUUUCUCGAGAAAGUCAACCGCUGCAAUCGGGGAUCCGAAAAGUUACGUGAGUUCAUUCCAUUUGUUAUAGAGGAACAAAUCGUUGGUUAUAUUCAUAAAGGAUUUACGGAGUACUUGAGGGAGUUUCAUGAUAUCUUUACAUUUUCACAUAAUGGUUCUUGCCCUGACCGUGUUGAUGGCUUUGUAACGCUUAAUCUGAUGCUUGAAAAGCCUGAAGAUAGAACCAGAGCAGUUGCAGAUGUGAUCAAAAUCUUGGGUGACAAAGGAAUCAUUCCAGGAAUACGUAAUGAGCUUUAUCCUGUGAAACCAUCGUUUAAUGCCCCGGUCUUUUUUUCUCUAGAGCGUGCUGCUGCUCCUUAUUUCGGAAUAAAGGGUUACGGAGUUCACAUGAAUGGGUAUGUAGAAAGAGAUGGACAGAAAUUUCUAUGGAUAGGUAAGAGAAGUCUCUCAAAAUCCACUUAUCCAGGAAUGCUUGAUCAUCUGGUUGCUGGAGGAUUGCCUCACGGGAUUAGCUGCGGUGAGAACCUAGAAAAGGAAUGCGAAGAGGAAGCUGGGAUUUCCAAAGCCAUUGCUUAUAGGGCAAUAGCGGUUGGUGCUGUUUCAUACAUGGAUAUCGAUCAGUACUGUUUCAAACGUGAUGUGCUUUUUUGUUAUGAUUUGGAACUCCCUGAAGAUUUUGUUCCCAAAAAUCAAGAUGGAGAAGUUGAGAGCUUCAAGUUGAUUCCAGUAGCCCAAGUUGCUAAUGUGAUUCGGAAGACUAGUUUUUUCAAGGCGAACUGUUCCCUUGUCAUUAUUGACUUCUUGUUUCGGCACGGGUUCAUCAGACCAGAAUCAUCGGGUUACUUGGAUCUAUAUGGACGCCUGAGGAAUAAAGAUUGCUCAUAAGGAUGUUACUAUCUGAUGGUUGUAAGUAAAAGCUCACUUUAUGGAUUAAUAUUAGAUACUAGGUUCAUCCGUGUAUAUAAUAUUCUGCAUUUUAUUUCAGAGUCUGCUGAGUCACUUCAGGUGCCUUCAUGAGCAUAAACCAAUCAAGCAAGUCCAAAGAAUAAAAUUUAUUUAUACAG